UUUUUUUUUGUUUUAUUUACCAAGGCCUUUUAUUUUUUCCACUCAGCUUCUUGUAACAUAAUGUCGUGGUUCGGUGGUUCCAGCAGCAAUUCCAACACUUCAGAAAACCUUAACGAUGCCUACUCUACAGGUGGAGCUCUCGACACUGGAAUCUCUUCAUAUGAGUCCGUGGACAACAGCUACGAAAAGGUUCCCGACUUUAUGACGCAAGCUACAUUCAGCUCUAGCAGGCUUCAACCCAUGGCUGCUCAAGGAGGUAUUGACUUUUUGCAGCUCGAGGAAUCAGCUGGUGGAAGUGGCUCUGCUGGUGGUCCAGCCUUGACUCCAUCCCGAGGCUGGACGGACGACCUUUGCUACGGCACGGGUACUACCUACCUUGCCGGUCUUACUCUUGGUGGUGCUGUUGGUCUUGCUGAAGGUGUCAAAAAGGGGGCUGGUUCACCCAACAUGAAGAUUCGCCUUAACACUACUUUGAACAGCAUUACUAGACGCGGACCAGGUCUUGGUAACUCUGUUGGUGUCAUUGCUAUGAUCUAUAACGGUACAAAUGCCAUGAUCGGCGCUGCCCGUGGUGAACAUGAUAUUUUCAACAGCAUCACUGCUGGUGCUAUCUCCGGUGCUAUCUUCAAGAGUACCGCUGGCGUUAAGCCCAUGGGUAUGGCUGCUGGUGCUUGUGCAGCUCUUGCUGGCAUUUGGUCACUUGGUAAAGAAUAUAUCCUUGCCUAAAACUCAGGUGGAUAACAACCAAUUUGUAAACUACUUGAAGGUGUUCCCCCAUAUCAUUUUUCUUUUAUUCUACUCUUCACUGCAAAUAUGUACAUUGUUUUCUCUUUUUGCAUCGUAUUGUAACCCGCAGGGUAUCCUCUGUAGCGAUCAAAACACAUUAGAAAUCUCACAACUACUAGACUAGCUUAUUGUCACUAAAAAUUUCACAACGGGCAGUAUUCCUCUUCGCCACUCCCGAUUGUACGCGAUAUCGUAAAUAGAAAUGAAAGCGAGUACUCAACAUUUGGCCCUUGCCCUUGUCAUUAUCUUGCGUGGGACUGCAUUUGAAAUUCUGGUUACGUGGGAAUGCUUUUGCAAGCGGAUACACCUUAGCACCUAGAAAAAC